AUGUCUUUGGAGAAAGAACCAUUAAAGGGAAAAGUAUUUGUAUUUACUGGGGACAUGAAGAUCAGCAGAGAUGAUGCAAAAACAAAGGUGAUGGUUCUAGGAGGAAGAUGCACAACGGUACCAUCAUCAAAGACUACCUUUCUUGUCACAGGUGAAAACCCUGGAGCUUCAAAGAUGCAGAAAGCAAAAGAACUAGGCAUAGAAAUUCUAAAUGAAGAGGAUUUUACUAAACUGAUCAAGAACAAUGAAAAAGAGCUCGAUAAUGUAAUAGAAAUAGGUAUAGACACAGGGGGGAAUUCCAGGGUCACCGAUGUGUCUAGCUUGAGCGGUAUAUGGAGUGAGAAAUACAGACCUAGUAAGAAGAAUGAAAUUGUAGGAAAUGUAGGGAUUGUCAAGCAAUUAGAGGACUAUCUCCAGGGACAUACGAAAUACAAAGCAGUUCUAUUAAGUGGGCAGCCAGGGGUCGGAAAAACAACUAUGGCGCAUGUAGUUUGCAAAUAUCUUGGGCUUGAUGUGGUUGAAUUUAACGCCAGUGAUGUUAGAAGUAAAUCAGAGAUAAGCAGUAAAAUAAGAAGUUUUGUGAACAGCCAAUCUGUUUACUCAAGAGAAUCUAAGAAAAAAGUUCUCAUAAUGGAUGAAGUUGAUGGGAUGUCAAGCGACAGAGGAGGUAUUCCUGAGCUUGUUAAUGUAAUUAAGGAGGCUAUGAUACCAAUCAUAUGCAUAUGCAAUGACCGCAAUAACCUGAAAAUAAGAACGUUAUCAAACCAUUGUCUAGACCUAAGAUUUAGGAAGCCAGAUCCUAGGCAAAUGCUUUCGAGAAUCAGAUACAUAAUAGAUAAGGAGGGAAAAAGAAUAUCAGACGGAUUGCUUAACGAAAUAAUAGCAAAAAGCAACGGAGACAUAAGGUAUGCGAUCUGUAUGGUGCAAAGCAUCGCGCUUAGAAAGAUGGUUAGUCCAAGUAUAGCUAAAAGCUUUGUCAGAAAAAAUGUGAUGAAAAAUGUAUUUGAUAUAGCAGGAGAGGUUUUUCAGAGAAAAUCCAUUUCUGAAAAGAUCGAUCUUUAUUUUGAGGAUUAUUCUCUAAUUCCGCUUUUUGUAAGCGAAAACAUUCUAAAAACCCCAUUCAAGAGCGCAAGAGAUCUUACGGAGUGUUUUGACUCUAUUAGCUUGGGAGAUGUUGUUGAAAAGCUCAUAAGAGGGGCUGACCAGGAUUGGAGCCUGGCUCCACUUCAUGCAGUGUAUAGCGUUGUAAUACCUACUAAAGGGAGGCCUUUAACAAAGAAAAUGAUGUUUCCGUCAUGGCUCGGGCAAAAUUCUAAGCACUCAAAAGCAGAAAGAAUUCUAUACAUGGCUUCGAUGCAUUCAUCAUGCAAAAUUAGAGUUAAUACAGAGGAGCUUAGAAAAUAUGCCUUGGAGCUAAUAUUAAAAAAACAUGCAUAUCAUCUGAAAACACAUUGCAUUGAUAAGGCAAUAGACGACAUUGCUGAUUAUGAUAUGACCAAAGAAGAUAUCACUGGGUUGGGAAGUAUACUUCCAGGAGGAGCAGAUCUAUUCGAGGGAGUAGAACGCAAGGCAAGGUUUCUUUUAGAUAAAGAAUACAAAAAACUCAAGAGAAAGCUUCCAUAUGUAGAAGUACAAAAGGAUAAAGAUGAUGAUGACGAAGGUCAGAGUGAAAGUGAAGAAGUCCCUCCUUAUAGAGAGUAUUAA